AUGGAGUUCGAUUUGGAAGCACUUGUUAAUGUCGAGGCGACCUUCUACGAUGCUGGCUAUAAAGAUGGCCAUGCUCAUGGCCGGAUCCAUGGCUUGAUCGAAGGACGGGCGCUUGGUCGUGAAAAAGGCUACGAAAUGUGGGAGGAGCUCGCUUUCUACCAAGGCUUUGCGAGGACUUGGCUAGCUAUAUACCCACGAAAUGACGAUCGCACCGCUCACCAUAUCCGCCAUCUGCUUGAACUGCUUGCCCAGUUUCCGCAAGUGAAUCCCUCGGCAACUGACUCUGAGUUGGAUAUUCUCAAGCUUUCGCGACAAAUCAGUUCACGAUACCGCGCGCUCUGUGCGUCACUCGGCGUCAAAGCCAGUCGCGAAGCUCCUUCAGUCUGGAAGCUAGAAAACGCCGCGCAAACUAUGUCAUUCUAA